AUGAGACGGAUAUUUUCAAGAAGGCAUAGGAAUUCCGACCUGGGACCUUCCCGACCUUCCCAGUCUUCUACCUCAGGCUUAGGCAAUAAUCGUAGAAGUCUUGAUCAUUUUCGCCACGAUAGAUCGCCGGCCAGGUCUUUUAUCGGCGAUGAAACUUAUCAUUUAUCUGACCUGCUACUAGAUAACCCUAACCUGGAACUUAAUUUAGAUAAUGCAGACGAUGGAUACAACGAUGCUACCUCCGUGGAGUCGGCACCCCUCUCUGAAUCUGAUACCUUGUUCCUAACUAAUCAGGAAAGGCUCCUGCUACAGCCUACCUUUCAAGAAAACUUCUCGUUGUACCUCCCAUUUCUCAUAAGGAGGCUCAGGUAUGAAAGAAUGUAUGAACAUAGUGAUCUUGCGUCUUCCCAGGAGACUGUUGCAUCGGUUGCUGAAAAGUAUUCUGUCUUGGAUCAACCCACACACAACUACAAUGAAAAACGUAGAAUGAUAUUAGUACAUGAAUUUAUGAAGAACAGUAAUUUAGUUUUCAUUAGUAUGGAAUCUUUCACGCUCUAUAGGGAGUUGAGAAGUCUCAAAAAGGAAAAACAAGCUGAAAUGGCUACAAAAUAUCAAAGUAAGGGGUUGGCCUUGCCACUAUUCAAAAUAGAAUCUCAUUCAUAUUUAAGGUUAGACGAUGGUGCAGAUGUAAUAUUUCAUAAAUAUCUUGAGCUACCUUCCACACAGAUGAAUUCAAAUUCAGGUUCAGCCAACCCUGUGGCUUCUCCUACUUAUAAGUUUUGCACUGUACAUAUUAAGACUUAUACUAAUUUAAAAAGAUUCACAUUUACAUUCAAUCCCCAAGAUGGUCGGACGCUGCCAUUCAAGGUCAUUCUAUUCCAGCAUAACUUUAAGCCAAUAGCAGAUUUUAAUUACAAGAACACUAGGUUUAGGAUAUUUGGAAACUCGUUGAUUAACUUUGGAUUAGCUCCUAAUUUAAAGUUGUUGAUUAUAGACAAGGACAAACCAAGUCUUUGUGAUAAGGUCUUCGAUAAACCACAGUUUAAGCUCCUGUCAAUAGUGAGAAGAAGAAGAUCUUCAGCUGUUGAUCCCAGUGCGCCUAAUUCAAGAAGGGGCUCAAGUGUAGGUAGGAGGAGGAGCUCGGCAGUAUCAAUUAAUUCCAAUUGUAUAGGUGAAGAAGAGUGUAUUGCCCCAGACGAAAACUUUAACUCCGUUGGCGAAGCUGAAGAUGAAGAGGGUGUUGAGACUGAUCCAUUGAAGAUGGCUAAUCCCUACCCAGACAAAUCGAAUCCUUUGCUUAAAUACGACCAAAACCAGUACCUUCUAUUAAACAAGACAUUUGUUUCUAAUGAAGUGCCUCCUUUUGGAAGUUUCCAGGAUGUUGUCUGUUAUGCCAAAGACUUCAGUCUAUUACCGAAGAAAUUCAAAGAGCAAGGCAGGUUCGAAAUAUAUCAAGAUCUGUCAAGAUUUGUUCCAGGCGUUAAUAUGGAUGCGAACAACUCUCUCGAUAUGGAUACCUUGGUGUUGUGUUGCAUAAACCUUGCUAUACGUGACAUGGUAGUGAAGAGAAAUAGUAAGAUCUCCUCGAACAUGGAGGCAAUCAAUAGGUACAAUUAUAUGGGAGCAAGCAUUUAUGCUUCACCGGGACCAGGAUUGUUGGGCGGAUUGUAA